AUGUCAGUCAAAUCAGUCAAAUCAUUGGGUUCAUUCUACACAAAGAAUAAGAACAUCAUACUCAAGGCUUCUUAUGUGCUGCUUAUAUUCCUAAGUUUUACUAGUAAUUCUAAACCAAAUCAAAAAAACACACCAACUGAUCAAGUUGGUGAUAAAGAUAAUAAAGAUAAAGAUGAUAAAUACCAGGUCAAGACUGAUAAGAUUGCUCUCAAGAAGUUAGCUAAAGCUAUAUUACCAAAUUUCAAAUCACCAGUGUUGUUUUAUUUCAUCUUGCAACUUUUAUUAUUAGCAACAAGAGCUAUAUUAACUUUAAAAGUUGCCACUUUAGAUGGGUUAUUGGUGAGUUCAAUGAUUCGUAAGAAAACUAGUAACUUCCUUAAAUUAUUAGUUAAAUGGAUGUUGAUUGGUAUACCUGCUUCUUUAACAAAUUCAUUGUUAGACUUUACAACAAAUCAAUUAUCUUUAAAUAUAAAUAAAAAUAUUACUAGGGAUUUAAUGGAAUUAUAUCUACCAACUGAUGAUAAUAAAGAAGCCACUGCUACAAAGAAGAAUCCAAAUUAUUAUACAAUGAUUCAUAUGAAUUUUAAAGAAAAAGUUAAUGAUCCAAAUCAAAGAAUUACCACAGACGUUAACAAUUUAUCUUCUUCAUUAGCAAGUUUACCAAAUCAUAUCUUGAAACCAACAUUAGAUUUAAUUCUUUGCUCUUUUGAAUUAUCAAGAUCUGGUUCACCUGAAGGUACGCUAGUAUUAGGUUUGAUUGCUCAUAUAACUUCAUUAAUCUUGAAGAUUUUUUCACCAAAUUUCACCAAAAUUGCAAUUGAACGUUCAAGAUUAGAAGGUUUAUUAAGAUCUUUACAUUCAAGAAUUGUACUUUUCAGUGAAGAAAUUGGAUUCUUAAGAGGUUAUCAAAGAGAAUUAGAUAUCGUGGAUAAAUCUUACUAUGAAUUGGAAAAAUUUACAAAUUAUGAAAUUAAAGCAAGAGCUAUAUAUGAUACUGCAACAACAUUUAUUGUUAAAUAUACUUGGGGUGCUGCUGGAUUAGUAUUAUGUUCAACUCCAAUUUUCUUAAAUAAAUUUAAUGGUAUAAUGGAUCAAAAUAGUUCAGCUACAUUUGUUACAAAUCGUCGUUUAUUAUUAUCUGCUUCUUCUUCAUUAGGUAUGAUUAUUCGUUCAAGAAAAGAAGUUCAACAAGUUUUCGGUUAUUUCAAGAGAUUAAGUGAAUUUAAUAAAAUUUUAGUUGAUAUUGAUACUAAAAAUCUAAAAAAUAUUAGUAAUGAUAAUGUUGUUAAAUAUAAUGAUGAUAAGAUUGAAUUUAAAAAAAUUCCAUUAAUAACACCUGCAAAUAUUACUUUAGCAAAAUCAUUAUCUUUUGUUAUAAAUCAUGGUGAACAUUUAUUAAUUGCUGGACCAAAUGGAUGUGGUAAAUCUUCAUUAUUUAGAAUUUUAGGUGGAUUAUGGCCAGUUCAAGGUGAAGGUGAAUUAACUAUCCCACAUUUUGAAAAUAUGUUUUAUUUACCACAAAGAGCUUAUUUAAGUAAAUCUUCAUUAAAAGAUCAAAUUAUUUAUCCAAAAAAUAUAACUUUAGAAUUAUCAAGAAAUCCACAAUUGGAAAUUAAUCAAAUUGAUCCAUUCUCCACUAUAAGAAAUUGGCCAGAAGAAUUAUCAAUUGGUGUUCAACAAAGAUUAGCAAUGGCAAGAUUAUAUUAUCAUAAACCAAAAUUUGCCGUUUUAGAUGAAUGUACAUCUGCUGUUUCCCCUAAAAUGGAACAAUUAAUGUAUUCACAUGCUCAAUCAUUGGGAAUUUCAAUUUUAUCAGUUGCUCAUAGAUCUUCAUUAUGGCAUUUCCAUACUCAUAUAUUAAAAUUUAGAGGUGAUGGAACUUAUUCUUUCACUAAAUUAAAUGCAGAAGAAAGAUUAAAUUGGGAAAAUGAAUUAAUUGAAUUAAAUAAAUUCUUGAGAGAUGUACCUAAUUUAGAAUCAAGAUUAAAAGAUUUAAAAAUUGCUCAAGAAUCUCAAGAAUUUAAACGUUCACAAUCUCAAAUUAGUAUGAAGAAGUUACCAGUUCAACAGAUUGCAAAUUGA